UUUGGGAUAGCGGUAUAUUUCGAAAAUCUCAUUUGUUGUCUUCAAACACUGAAAAUACCUUGAAUACGUAAACUCGUUGUCUGUAAACAAGCCCUGUCUGGAGAGCAAGUCAUGUCAUCUCCAGCUGGGUUGCAGGCUCAGCAGUCCCAAACAAACUUCCUUGCCCGAUGGAUGCCGAGCAGCUCCCGUGCCGGGGUUAUCUUGAACGCCUCCCAGGACCUGGCUGAGUCUCUUCGACACAGCUCUGUCUGGAGGUCCCGGGACGUGAAUGACUCCUUUGCCUCUCAGUUUGUUCCCCUCCCGGUCUCCAGUAGUAGCAGUUGCCUCAGUGUCAGUUCCCUCGUCCAUUAUGCUGAGCCCGGGACAGAAUUGAGCAAACAACAGAAUCAGCGACCGGGGGAUAGGACUUUGUCUGACAGACAAUUUGCUGGACUGCAAACAGUGUCUCAAGGGUUGACAUUACCUGGAGAGAUGGACAGUAUGGAGAAGUUUGUAGAGCAGUCUCAGGACCUACCCCUAAUGCUCAAACUUGAACAGCUGAGGCAGUGGCAGCAGCACAUGCAGGAGCAGCUGAAAGCCCACCAGCUGGAGGAACUCGUCCAUCUCCAGGAGGAGCAACAAAGGUUACUGGGCAUGGUGCAUGUGGCUCAGCAGAAUGGGGCAGAUUACAUAGAGACCUCCAGGUUGACGGGAGCAGACUGGGGAGAGAACACUCUACUGGGGGGCUCCCCCCUCUCUCACAGACCCCCAGCAGCCAAGAGCUUCCCUAUAGGCCCCCCACAAGGGCCUGCGUCUUCCCAGCUCUGGAGACAGGGGCCUACAUUCCGGCAGCCGCCAAGGGACCAGGAGCAGGAAGUGGAGGAACAGGACCAAAAACUGGGGACAGAAGCAUGGAGCAAUCCACACAAACAUCAUCAGCUGAGUGGAGAUGCUGAUCAUAGGGGUGGUGAUGAGGAGGAUGAGGAAGUCACGUUAUCUCCCCAUUCUGAUCCCUCUAUGACUGCAGACCGCAAAGCAUACAGAGGAGAUGACUGUGAACUAGACUCACAGGACAGGCCCAUUAAACCAGGGAUAAGGGGGCAGAAGCAGACGUUUGAGGCGCUCCUGGAGGAACAGCUGAGGCUGGAGGAGCAGAGACUGAAGACCACCCAGCAGCAGCAGAGCCCUGAGGCAGCUGAGGGAGCCAGUCCGAGAGCUAAUACCAAGAGAGCCUUCCUGAGGCGAGGGGAGGGCCUCUCCAGAUUCACCAACCGAAGCAAAGCCCCUCUGCCCAACAGAGGGAGACCCCAAAAAGAUCCCAAACCCCAGGCCAAGGUCAGCACCCGUUGGACCUCAGAGCCCACCCAGAAGGUCAGUCAGCGCCCACCCGUACAGCGCAAGACUGCUGUGCUCAACAAGGAGAACAGACCAAGAGACCCGUGCUCACCCCUCCUGGACAGUGUCAGACCAGAGGGCAAGGCAGCCAAGCCGGCCGCAGUGAGACCCAGAGUCCUGGGCAGUCACCAGAGACAGAACGUGGAGAUGACUAACUGUCUAAGGCCAAGGGAGGUGAUUAGUAACAAGGUGGGUGGGACUUCUCAGCCUGUGAGUAGAACUCCUGCAGCUGUAACUAAACAGUUUGGGCUUGAAGAGAGGACUGGAGCCCUGCAGAGGAAUGGAAGUGGUCCAUUGAGACCGGAUAGAGCAGCAGAGGGAAAUUCGGGUGUUCCGGAGUAUUCCUUUGAGCUGUCGUUCCAGGAGAAGCUGCAGCACUGGGACUGUGACCGUCAGAAGGAGAGUGUGGAGCUGGGGGAGUUUGAGCUGCUGGAGCAGGCAGCCGAGGAACUCUCCUUCUCCUCUAACUCAUCCUUCGUCAUGAAGGUGCUGCAGCUGGACCAGCAACACCCCCUCCAGGGCAGCAGGGGGCGCCACCCGCGACGCCUCUCCUCCACGCCCAUCAAAUCCCCCUCGCCGCCUAAAGGGGUUCACAGCGGGGGCACCAGUAAAAGUGGCCAAGGCACAGGGACCAGCUCAUCUGAAUCACCAGGAGUAUCUGCUGUGAGGGCAAAGGAGGUUGUGAUGAGGGAAAACAGCAAAGCCACUGAGGAUGAUGAGGAGGAGGAGGAAGAUAAAGUGAGCGACGUCAAACAACAUGAGGAAAUCUCUGACGUCUUGUUCCGCAGUAGCUCUGAAUUCGGGGAUCGGGAGGAAGUAGCCCGACCAUCAUACCAGACUACCUUUUCCAGCAACCUCUGGGAAAACCCGCUCCCUGCAUCCAACCCUCCAUACGACAAGAGGUCAUAUCAGGACAGAGAGGGUGGCUCAGGCCAGGCAGAGGAGGGCAGGGAGAGUGACAUUGACGACUCCACCCUAUUGGAGGACAGAGAAGAGGGGGACCACGAGGGUCUGUUGGUGUUUGAUGAUGACGACACCUGGAACGACCUGGAGGAGGCUGGCAGCAUCGUUGAGGAUGACAGCAGAACAAGAGGCGCUGCUACAGGAAACCGACACACUCCCACAGCAACAGUGAAUGACAUCUCACCCCCAGAGAGGACACUGAAGAGAAAGGUGGCUGUGGCCAAAGGGACGGAGCUGGAGAGGGUGUCUGUUAUCACAGCAGCCAACCAGGAGCCAGAUCCUCCUCCCGCUUCCCAGCUCAUGGCCAGGCUGUUCCCCUCGCUAAAGCCCAAAACCCAGGCCUCUCCCCCACCUCAACCAGAGCCUAGGAAGACUGAGGACGGAUCAGGCCAGCAGCAGCAGUCCAGGCAGCUGAGGGAGAGGCUGCUGGAGCUGGAGCUGGAGAUUGAACGUUUCAGGACAGAGAAUGCUGCCUUGGCCAGACUCAGACAGGAGAACGAGAAGAACCAGGAGAAACUCGGGAAGGAGAGGGCAGAGUUUGAGCAGCGGAAGGCUGAGGAGCUGGCCAGGUUUGAGGAGUUCAAGAGGGAGGAGACCAAGAAGCUGCAGAAGGAACGCAAGGUGUUUGAGAAGCACGCCUCCGCCGCCAGAGCCAUACCAGACAAGAGGGAGCGCGACGAGAUCCAGGCCAUGAAGAAGCAGCUGAGUUCCCUGCAGGAGGAAUUGAAGCGGAGAGAGAGCCGCUGGUCCACCACACACAGCCGUCUCCGGCAGCAGAUAGACUCCCUGAGCUCAGACAACAGUGACCUGAGAGACGAGGUCCGCACCCUGGAGAAACUACGCCUCAGCACCUGGGGGAAGAUUGGGACAGACAGCGAAAGAGAGAAAGACAGGAGAGAGGAGAGAGCGAGGGAGGGACCCAGGCCGUUGGACAGUUACAUUGCUCUUGAAGCCAGGUGCCUCAAAUUGGCAAGUCCUCCUGACACGGUGAGGAGCAGCAUUUCCUCAAAAGGCAGCCCAUCAGGACACAGCCCCUCCACUCAAGGAGGUAUCAGGGGCAUCCUGAAGAGGUCAGGCCCUACACUAGCACCCAGCCCCGCUCACAGUUACAGUUCAGAGGAUAGACCAGCAUUUUUGACCAGCAGCCACCACCCAGCACAGAGCCACGACCACUCACACAACCUGUCCCCUAGGGCUCGAGGUCUGCAGACUGAGACAACCGAGGUCAAAGACCAACAAGAGCCAGGUCAGGAUGUCAUCACCCACACUGAUGGAAAGAUGGAGAGGGUUCUGGCCUGUGGAGGGAGACUCAUCAUCUUUCCCAAUGGGACCAGGAAGGAGGUGUCAGCGGACGGACAGACAGCCAAAGUCACCUUCUUCAACGGGGACAUCAAGCAGGUCAUGGCUGACCAGAGAGUGAUCUACUACUAUGCUGAUGCUCAGACCACUCACACCACCUAUCCUGACGGCAUCGAGGUUCUGCAGUUCCCCAACAACCAGACUGAGAAGCAUUUCCCGGAUGGCCGUAAGGAGAUCACAUUCCCUGACCAGACAGUCAAAAACCUGUAUCCAGAUGGGAGGGAAGAGAGUGUGCUCACUGACGGGACCAUCAUCCAAGUUAACUUGGAUGGCAGUAAGGCGAUCCAGUUCAACACAGGCCAGAAGGAGGUCCACACAGCCGACUAUAAGAGGAGGGAGUACCCAGAUGGCACUUUGAAGACGGUCUAUACAGAUGGCAGACAGGAGACCCGCUACCCCACCGGACGCCUCAGAGUUAAAGACAAGCAUGGCAACAUUGUCAUAGACAACAGGCCCUAGGAUUGUUUAUGCAAUAUGAGAUAUCAUCAUGGGAACUAAGGCUGAAGCACCUUUGAACAUUUCUGUUGGUGAGUUGUUUGACAAAUAGGUUUUUAGUGUGUUUGAGUUGAAUGUAGUGUGUGACUAUUUAUCAAUGUCAAAUUCAUAUUUAUUUUCUUAGUUGAUUGUACAUUCUUUUGUAAAAUAAAUGUUUAUCAAAUCA